AUGGCGGCUGAGGAGGAUGAAGGGCCGCGCCGAAUCGAACCCACCAAAUUUGAUCUAAUUAUGGUGGGCAUCGGACUCCCCGAGUCCAUCAUCGCCGCCGCCGCAGCAUCAGCCGGAAAGACCGUGCUUCAAAUCAACCCUGACGCUUACUACCAUAGCCCCUUCGCUUCCCUUUCACCCAAAGACCUCAUCUCUUUCCUCCACCUCCAUUCUGCUACUACUUCUGAUCAUGAUUAUACUGAUUUUCCUGGGCCUAGAGUUCUGUUCUGCGCGGAUCCCAUGGUGGUUUUGAUUGUGGAUGUGGAUGUUCAGAACUGCAUGAGUUUCAUGAGCGUGGACACCAGCUAUUGUAUUUAUGAUGAAUGCCAAGAAGGCAAAGGUGGCGGGUUUUUGUGGAAUAGUGUGCCGGAUUCACGUAACGCCAUAUUCAGAGGUGGAACCUUGAGCUUGAAGAAGAAGAAUCAGUUGAUGAGGUUCUUCAAGCUGCUUCAGGCCCAUUAUCAUUCCAAUUCUAAAUCUAGUACUAAGACUAGUAACGAGGAGGAGGACGAAAAUAAUAGUAUCAAAAUCACCCCAGAGCAUUUAGAGACUCCAUUUGUGGAGUUUUUGACUCGGAAAAUUCGCUUGUCUCCCAAACUAACAUCGUAA